UACUGUUGGCAAUUAUUGAUUUGCGGAAAUUAUUGAUUUGCCGUUGCUUGUGUGUCUGUCUCGGUGUGAGCGUUGUCUAUAGUUCCCUGCAGUUACUAUCAGCAAACGGUUUGCCAGACGAAAUCCGGCGGAUUUAGCCUAUAGAAAAUUUUAAUAGUCCUUCCUGCCUUAAACAGCGCACGUUUUAUCGCUAACAUUUCUUUCUUGUGUUAUUUUCAAAAGAUUUUCUGACUAUUAUUUACCAUGCGCAGAAGAACUCUCCGCUAUUACUUGCUUAAAGUUCCCACUUGGGGAUAUCAAGAAAUCAUUACGGAAGCCCUCGUUGUUCUGUGGUUCGCCUGUCAAAUUUCUUUGAAAUUCGGGAUGCGUUCCUUUUCGGGAUGGCGGGCGAAUCGAGUCGAUCCCAACGCUCCACUGGCAUUGGACGAAAUCCUCGAGUUCUUUGGAUAUCGGAUGAACGCCUGUCUAUGGGAUGACGUGAUGUCUGCAUGGGAAUCUGCUUCCGCUAUGCCAGCUUCUUCUGGUGCAGUCCAUUCAUCAAGACCCGCUGUGGGAUACAUGGGCACCGUUGCCAUGGUAUGGGCCAGCGCCGUCUUGGCUGUGGCCGUGUGCUGUUCGCUAUACAUCAACCGGAACUGGAAGUAUUCACCCUGGCACUGGCAGUAUCACUUCCGCCAUUGUCGACGGCUGGCUGCGAUUUUUGGUUACUCUGGCUAUGACAUUCCGUCUUGCAUUGCAACGGUUCUGCGUUGUGUGCCGCUGCUGGUCGGAUUGGGCUGUGUUGCCACGGUGUGGCUUGUUGUGUGCGCACUGCCGGUUGUUGUCUUAGCGGCGACCAUCGUUGUGGCAACGGCUAAAAUACUGGGGACCAUCGCAGUGUUCCCUUCUUGCGUCAUCAUUAUAUGUUUGCUGGCACUGAACUGCCUCGGGCGAUUGUGCGGAUUGUGGAUGGAUCGGCCGUAUUUAGCUGCGGUUUACCAGAAAAUUCAAAGAAUGCUGCUUAAAAGGAAGAUAUCCAAAUAUUAUCUUCUGGAAGUUGAUACCGGAAAUGAGGUGGCAACACAACCAAAACGUUUGUACGCGUUGUGCGUGGAAUGCGCGGCUUUCAUGCUGGGCUGCAUGGUCGUAAUGAUCCACACCUACCAUAUGACCACUGAAUUUCCUAUAGCGGCUUUCCUGCUCAGCCGGGUGCUGCCCGAUAGAAUCCUGUGGACAAUGGAUAACGGCACGGAGCACUGCAUCAGCCAAGCAACGCGGAUAACUCACGCUGGAGCGAUGACAUCGUAUUGGGCGGCAAAACCAGAUAACAUAUUGAUCGGUGAAGGCUUUGAAGCCUGGUGGUUCCCACAAACACUGGGUGCUGCUCUCAUGUUCGUCAGCGCCUUACUUUUAAUUGCAAGUGGCUUUCAAACUGCCCGUUUUGGAGCGGGGCGUUAUGGUUUGAAAUUUCUGACCUAUUUGGUGGAGUGUUUUGGCCAAGAUGACACCGGUGAACCCAACGCAGAACGUCAUCUAAUUGACAGAGCAUCGCGUACGAGUCCAACUAUAAAGGAAGGUGCCGGUGAAAUCCAGAAGCGCAACAGCACAUAUAUUUUUGCUGAUUGCCAGUGUGAACCAGCCGUCAGAGACAUAUUAGACGCAGCGGACCAGGCACGCAAUGGCGGCAAGGAAUAUUCCUGCCAAUGUUACCAACUAGGCAACCUUGUCCUAGACAGCCUAUGGCUGAUGUGCUGGGUAAGCAGCUGGUGGUUUCUUCCGUUCCCACUGGCGGAAUUCCUGUUGUCCGAGCGUCUGCAGUUCCCAACGCUGUUGAUCGUUGUCUUGGGAUACUUUUUGUGGAUAAUUACGAUGAGCGAAAGCAGACAAACAGCUGAAUCACCUGAUGUGCCAGCUAAGAAGGAUCCUCUUAUUGGAAACGAUAUCCAGGGUGACGAGAAGGCUGGUGACAAAAAGGCCAAAGGUGUAACAUGCAUAUGUUCCACAUGCGGGUUCACUUGGACUCCGUGUGGAGAUGUGAGGAAUGAGGAGAAGAAAACUGUUAGCACGGGUACCUCCACUAGUGCAGUGGACAUGAGCUACCCAGCGCAGAACACGGUGAACGACGCGAAAAAUCCGGCUUUACAAUAAACAACCAAAGCUCGAAGAGCUUGCAGCAACAAUAACCUCGGCUGUGGUGGAUGUACACAACUUAUGACCAUUGCCUGUCUGUUAGUACUGGUAGUUACAUUUGUGUGCUAUUUAGUGGCUGCCUUUAAAGCCAUGAUUCUCUUCUGCAUUUCGUGGUGUGUUUGUUGUGUGUGGGUGCGGUGUUUGUUGUAGUCAGAUAAUUUUCGUUUCCGGUAUUUCUAAGAAUACUCAUGCUUGUAAAUUUUAUUAAAAGUUUAAAACUGCAGUACAACUACAGCCAAUGUG